GGCAGUUAUCUGUCUGAUCUAGAUCGUCGCCAGAGUUCCCCAGCGGCUGUUGUGGCGGACGCAGCUGUCAGAUACCGGCACAAUGAGGUUCCACUUCCUGCUGCCGGCGCUGCUCGCUUUGACUGUGACUACAAGCGCGGAUGACGAGCUACAAGUUAGGCGACUGCGGGCUGCUGUGACUACUCACCACGAGGGCGAUGUGGCUAGACGCAGCAGCAGCCCCCGUCUCAUGCCAGGUGGUGCGGGAGCGGCGUGGUCCCUUUCGCGGUCGCGCAGGCGGUCCGGCGGUCGCAUCAUCAACGGCGCCGACGCCACGGACGGGCAGUUCCCGUGGCAGGCGGCCAUCCGGCUGGACCGCUUCGGCUUCUGCGGCGGCUCUCUCAUCUCGGACAGCGCCGUCCUCACCGCGGCGCACUGCGUCGACGGGGUGACAACAUUCGUGGUGACGCUGGGCACAGUGCUGGUGACGGGAGACGCCAAAGACGUGACGGUGACGACGACGAGCGCCGCGUGGCACCCGGACUACUGGACCGACGAGAAGACGGCCGACAACGACAUCGGCGUCGUGCUCCUGGGACAGUCCGUCUCCUUCACAGACUACAUACAGGCUCUUCGGCUGCCUUCCUCCUCGCAAGCUGACCUCACUUAUGAAGGAGAAGUCGUCACCGUCAGCGGAUGGGGAAUCACAAGCGAUGAUUCAUCGACAGUAAGUACAACACUGAAAUACGUCGACAUGCUCGUCAUAUCCAACAGCGAGUGCUCUGAAUUAUAUCCUGGCGCUAUCGACGAUGACGUCAUUUGUGCUCUCGGCAAUCCUGAUGGCAGUCCCUGCAGUGGCGACAGUGGUGGCGCGCUGGUGUACAAGGCGUCCGACGGCGUCUGGACGCAAGUGGGCAUCGUGUCCUUCGGCUCGGACACGGGCUGUGAGAACAGCUACCCGGAGGUCUUCACCAAGGUCUCCCACUACCUCGACUGGAUCUCCCAGAACGCCGGCGUCACCAUCUCCUAGGAUCUACCCGCUGUCGAGGCGUUGGUUAGCUUAACUAACUUCAUCAACCCAACCACGUCUUUCCGUUGUUCCCUUAAUGAUAAUCUGUCUUUACAGUUAACCACAUAACGCAUCAGUCGUCAGACAGUAUUCAUAUAUAUUGUAACCAUUAACAACAAAACGGUCACUCUUUAAAAGUACAUCUUAUUCAGUACACUCUAUACAGACAUUGAUACUCCUCUGUUUACCUGCUACCAACUUUUAAAUUCACAGACGUGGGUAAUCUCACGUCUCCAAAGUUUAAAUGAUUUACGUUUGCUUUCUUGAACAGUAACACAAGUGUGAUGAUCAUCACCUCUCAGAAUAAGUUAAAAGAUUAUGAAUGAAGCAAAUAAUUUCAAUAACUAAUCCCUGACCAUUACGUAUGUUACAAUGUCCUUUCUAUCUAGAUCACGAAAUAAAUUUUUUACUGCU